UUUGUUUUAAAUAAAUCUAUUUUUUCAGCACAUUUGCGUAGAGGCUACAAACAAUUGUGAUGGAUUCCUCUAAGAAACUGCUGGAAAGCAACAGCUCAGGCAGCGAUAAGGAAUUGGCCAGCACAAGCGCCAACGUUACCGAUCAGGAUUCUGGUUUGCCCUCGUCGGUGGAAAUGAACGAUACUCCUGCGGCGCAGAGCGCUGUCGGCGAGGAUGAAGACGAGGACAUUUUCGAGCAGGUGACAAUGAUAUUGCGCAAGCGACGCGGCUGGGGACCAGGAGACUUGCUUGAGGAUGACGACGACGAGCUCGUCGAGGAGGACGAUGCCGGUUGUCCAUUGCCGUCAACGCCAGAGGACACUCAGCUCAUAGAGGCAGAGAUGACAGAAGUUUUAAAGGCUGGCGUGCUCUCGGACGAGAUUGAUCUGGGCGCACUGGCUCACAAUGCCGCCGAGCAGGCCGAGGAAUUUGUGCGCAAGGUGUGGGAAGCCAGCUGGAAGGUUUGCCAUUACCGAAACUUGCCCAAAUGGUUGCAGGACAAUGAUUUUUUGCAUCGCGGUCAUCGCCCGCCGCUCCCUUCGUUCCGGGCAUGCUUCAAAUCGAUAUUCCGUGUGCACACGGAAACUGGAAACAUCUGGACGCAUCUGCUUGGGUGCAUUGCUUUCAUUGGCGUGGCCCUAUAUUUUGUUUCCCGUCCCACAGUUGAGAUACAAUUUCAAGAGAAGUUAGUUUUUGGCGCAUUCUUUAUGGGCGCCAUCAUUUGUUUAGGAUUUUCGUUCGCUUUUCAUACGUUAAGCUGUCAUUCGGUUGAGAUUGGCAGACUAUUUUCAAAACUGGACUACUGUGGAAUUGCACUACUUAUAAUGGGCUCCUUUGUUCCUUGGCUUUACUAUGGCUUCUAUUGUCACUAUCAGCCAAAGGUUAUAUAUCUUUCUGUGGUCUGCGUGCUCGGCUGUCUUUCCAUCAUAGUCUCGCUGUGGGAUAAGUUUUCGGAGCCAGCCUUGCGCCCGCUGCGUGCCGGCGUAUUCAUGAGUUUUGGCCUCUCUGGAGUUAUUCCGGCCAUUCACUACAGCAUCAUGGAGGGUUGGUUAAGUCAAAUCAGCCGCGCUAGUCUCGGUUGGCUUAUACUGAUGGGCUUACUAUAUAUACUUGGUGCUUUGUUGUAUGCUCUCCGCGUGCCCGAGCGCUGGUUCCCCGGCAAGUUUGACAUUUGGUUCCAGUCACAUCAACUUUUCCAUGUGCUCGUUAUUGCGGCAGCGUUUGUGCAUUACCACGGCAUCUCCGAAAUGGCCAUGUAUCGCGUCACCGUCGGCGAAUGUACUGUGCCCAUCGAGCCAAUAACUUUUUAAAUGCUCCAGCAAAUUCAAAUAUUACAUUAGUCACAUCAAAUCAUAUGCACACACUCACAAAAACUCCAUACACACACAAACACACACACAUCUAUAUGAAAAAUCUAUCGCAGUUUGACAAUGCGGCCAUUUUAGUGUUUGGCUCGCAUUUGUUCUUUGUUAUUUGGCUAAAAUAAGAAAAAAUACCAACAUUCAGGAUGAAUACAAGGACAUCUGUUAUCCGGAAUGAAUAUUAAAAAACUCGCGUUAUAAAUUACUUAGCAAUACCCGUUUAUUAUAAUCGAAUGAAAUCUGUAGUAGUUUAAUUAAUAUAAUAAUUUAUAAAAGUUA